CUGGAGGGGGCGGGUCCGCGCGGACCUCUGAGCCGCCGGCCCUACCUGAGUAGAGGUCACGGCGUGGAGCGGUCGCCGCCGUCCCGCUGCGAAGUCUGAGUGCCGGGCUGCCGCUAUGGCCUACUGCCGGCAAGAAGGGAAGGAUCGAAUCAUAUUUGUGACCAAAGAAGACCAUGAAACUCCAAGCAGUGCAGAGCUGGUGGCCGAUGACCCCAACGAUCCGUACGAGGAGCACGGAUUGAUACUGCCAAAUGGAGACAUUAACUGGAAUUGUCCGUGCCUUGGAGGAAUGGCCAGUGGCCCCUGUGGGGAGCAGUUCAAGUCUGCCUUUUCCUGCUUCCACUAUAGCACGGAGGAUGUCAAGGGGUCAGACUGUAUAGACCAGUUCCGGGCCAUGCAGGAAUGCAUGCAGAAAUACCCGGACCUCUAUCCCCAGGAUGAUGACGAUGACGACGAGGAGGAGAAGAAGAAGCCAGAAGGUUCAGAGGAAACAGCUCCCACUGAGGCUACUGCAACCAAAAAAGAGGAGGGCUCGAGCUAAUGAAGGCCACAGACACUGGGCUCCAGUCCUUCCAUUGCAGAUUGAUAUGGACCUUUUACAAAUGCCUUUCGGUCACUCUCAGAGAAAGCGUCUUUCCUUCUUCUGUUCUGUGCACUGUAACGUACACAAUAACUUAUUUUGAGGAUCAAGGGUUUUGGCCCCUUGACAGAUAUGCUGAAAAAAGCAGGGGUUGUAUGUAUGUGUGUCUUAUGUAAACCUAUCAGCAAAUGUAGCUGCCACUUGUGAAUUCUCUUUUCUCAGACUGCCCUGAAUUUUGCCACUUUGAAAUAAUGUGCUGAAUGUUCUCAGCAACCAAAAAUCAUCCAGGAGUGUUUCUUGUGAGUGAGCUGAUUUAUUCUAAUCCAUUAUGUCCCUUGUAGUACAUUUCAUAUCCUUUUGGGAAAUGAAACAGAAACAAGAACAUCUUCCUUUAAAGAUGCUGGCAUGGGCCAUUCCUAAUAGUAGAGACCAGAUUAUCAGAUACGUAUUUCUCAGAAAUCAUCUAGAUCUUGAGCAUAUAAGAGGGUACCGUGAGGUUGUUAUAUACUUCAUUCCUGAUCCGUCUUGGCUUUCGUUUUUCUGUUGAGUUGCAGGUUUUCUGCAUUUGGAAGGAGGAAGUCUGGACUCUCCCGUUUACAGUCCCUUUGUAAGUGAAGGGAAAGGCUGGUUAUCGCUGUUCCUUUUUUUCCCAAAAGCCCUGGUUCAGGGCCUGUGUUAACACUGGUUCUGUCUCAGCCUGUGCAGAUGCCGUGUUCUUGAGAGGUGGGGACCUAGUUGUUACCAGAGUAACAGCCAAGAGGGAGACUGGUGUGAAUUA